UAGUUUUUCGUACAUUUCGUAUAUCAUCGAGUGCCUCUUACAAUAACUGACGGAGUGAAACGUGGUUUGUGAUUUAUUUACUUAUUUAUGUGUAUUAAAUGUUUCAAAAGUGGGUGGUGGUAAGCAACAAGUGCUUCAGACAUCAAAGCCGUGCGAAUUGGUCAUUCUGGCAUAAUAAUCAGCGAUGACGGACGAUCCGAGGUUCGCAGAGCCCAUCCCCAAUGUGACCGUAGCCUUAGGGAGAGACGCCAGCCUUCCCUGCGUGGUGGAAAAUUUAGGAGCGUACAAGGUGGCAUGGAUACACAUAGAUCGGCAAAUGAUUUUGACAAUCCACCGUCACGUCAUAUCCAGAGUUCCGCGCUUCAGCGUCUCACACGACAACGCCAAGACGUGGCUGCUCCACGUCAGUAGCGUACAAAAAGAGGAUAGGGGCUACUACAUGUGUCAAGUCAACACGAACCCCAUGAUCAGCCAAGUCGGGUAUCUCCAAGUGGUUGUUCCACCGAACAUCAUCGAUACAGAGAGCACGCAAUCCACUGUUGCAGUGCGGGAGAACCAGAAUAUCAGCUUGACGUGUAAGGCGGAUGGAUUUCCCACGCCUAAGAUUAUGUGGAGGCGAGAAGAUGGCCAAGCAAUAUCCGUUGAACGCCGCAAGAAAG